AUGAAGGUGGAAAGAGAUUGGAUAGAGAAAAGGACACGCGACCCCCAGUGUUGGGGUCGCAUGUUUUGCUGCUGUGUGCCUAUGGUUAAGUCAAUGGUUGAGUGCGCGGUUCUUGCGGGUGGGCCUUUGGUAGAAGGGGUAGUGGAGAGAAAUGAAAGUGUUGGGGUGACGGCAGGACUUGAACCUGCAUUCCUUGCAGUCAACUUUUUGUCGGCAUAUGGGGCUAUCGUUGGCGCUACCACUAUCGCGCCUCGUCACGAAGAGGUAGUGGAGAGAAAGAUGAAUCGGAAGGGUGUUGGGUGGAGAAGAGAAAAAGAAGGAAGGGUUGGGGUGACGGUGGGACUUGAACCCACAGUCCUCUGGCCAGUCCCGUCUGGGCUUACGGAGGUCACCAUUGGCGUUGCCACUAUCGCGCUCGUCAUCCCAAAAAGCCAGUGCGGCUCUGGGCUUACGGGGUUGCGGUUGAUUGGCAUUACCACGGUGGCCACGUCAUCCUCCCUUCAGAUGUUAGAGGCCUAAUUAGUUUUAAACAGGGGCACCGCGUGAAGGUUUAGGCCCGUGCCGGGUGUUCGCUGUGGUAGCAGAACUCCCCCUCGACUGACAUCCAUCGUCGAGGCCCGCCUACCUCUCUUCCCGAGCCCUGUCCCGCUAAAGGCUGGUCACCUGCCUUAUCGUUUGCCGAAGGCUUCGAUCAAGUGCGCCGGGU